AUCCCAGCUAAUAAAAUCUCUCUCAGGCGCCAUUCUCUCUCUCUCUCUCUAUCUCUCCCUCUCUUGUCGGUUAUCUCUCUCCCACCGAUACACACACCUAUAGAUACAAUCUUCCACCCAAUUUAGGGAUCUGAAUUCAAUUCACACAAGAUCUAGGGUUUCAUCGAUUUGGGGAUCUAUACAUACACCUAUACAUACAAAUUAGAUAUAUAUAAUGUUGAAGAAAUCGGCUCAAUCGUCGUAUAGAGAUCGGACCGUAGAGUUCGAGAGCAUAGCGGAGAGGUUGAAGAAGACGGUGGCGUCUAGUGUGGCGACGACGUCGUCGGGUCGGAGCAUUACGGAUCGGGUCGGGUCGGCGGUGGCGAAUCAGUCGGAGUUUAAUAAGAGGGCGUCGAAGAUUGGGUUUGGGAUCCACCAGACGUCGCAGAAGCUGUCGAAGCUGGCGAAAUUGGCAAAGCGAACUUCAGUUUUUGAUGACCCAACGAUGGAGAUUCAAGAGUUAACAGCUGUCAUCAAGCAGGAUAUUACGGCACUGAACUCAGCUGUAGUGGACUUGCAACUUGUUUGCAACUCACAAAAUAAUAGUGGAAAUAUUUCAAGCGACACAACAACUCAUUCAACCACAGUUGUUGAUAAUCUGAAAAAUCGCUUGAUGAGCACUACAAAAGAGUUCAAAGAAGUUCUUACCAUGCGGACAGAGAACUUGAAAGUUCAUGAAAACAGAAGGCAGUUGUUUACUUCAGCCAAUUCGAAAGAGGCUACUAAUCCUUUUGUUCGCCAGCGGCCCUUGGCUGCCAAAUCAGCUGCAGGUACAUCAAAUGCUCCUCCUCCUUGGGCCAAUGGUUCUGCAUCUUCAUCUCAGUUAUUUCCAAGGAAGCAGGCAGAUGGGGAAUCUCAGCCUUUGCUACACCAGCAACAAGAUCAACAGCAACAACAGUUGGUUCCUUUACAAGACACUUACAUGAAUAGUAGGGCUGAAGCUCUCCAGAAUGUAGAGUCAACUAUUCAUGAGUUGAGCAACAUCUUUACUCAAUUGGCAACAAUGGUGUCACAGCAGGGGGAACUUGCAAUUAGGAUUGACGAGAACAUGGAGGAUACUUUGGCGAAUGUAGAGGGUGCACAGGGGCAACUGGUCAGAUACCUUAACAGCAUAUCAUCAAACAGAUGGCUGAUGAUCAAGAUUUUCUUUGUGCUGAUUGUGUUCCUCAUGAUUUUCCUAUUUUUUGUUGCUUAAUCACCGUGCCUUCAAAUCUUUGAAUAUAAGCGGAAGAAUAUCACUUAAUUCUUGUUCUUCAUCUCCAAACUGUAAGGCAGAGCAUCCCUGUAUAAUGUGCUCAUGGGACUCUCCUUGUGUUGAAGUUGGAAAUUAUCCCUCCUCCCCCUCCCUCCUUCACUCCUGCUUCUCUCUGGUCUUCACACCUACCGACAUUAGUUUUGCAUAUUUUUCAAGUACAUUCCGCUUCUUCAUCUAGUUGGGCCAACUAAUUGAAUUUGUUAUAGAGACAGAGAUAAGAUAAAAGUGGUGAUUGUUUUUUUUUUCUUUUUUAUUUUGAUGUUUCUUAUUAUUGUAAAUUUAUGAGCAUAUACGUUGCUGAAGAGAAUUUUGUGUCUUGUAUUGUUUAAUUAGGUGAAUUAAGAACCUCGGAUUUAAACUCAAAAGCAAAUAUGCAGAGUAUUUUAAAUGGAUUUAAUCAAGCCCGAGUUGAAUUUGUA